AUGGGCUUCCUUGGCGUCUACAAGGCCGUCUAUGACUAUGCCCCCCAGGCCGAGGGCGAGCUGCAGAUAGCCGAGGGCGACGUGCUCUACGUGAUAGAAAAGAGCCAGGAUGACGACUGGUGGAAGGCCAAGAAAAAGGCAACCGCAGACGACGAAGACGAGCCCGUCGGCCUGAUCCCAAGCAAUUACAUCGAAGAGGUCGAACCCCAAGGACAUGCUCGCGCCCUGUACGAAUACACGCGCCAGACGGAUGAGGAGCUCUCGUUCCCCGAGGAAGCCAAACUCGCCGUCUUCGACACGUCGGAUCCAGACUGGAUUCUCGUUGGUCACGACGGCGACUACGGCUUUGCCCCGGCUAACUACAUCGAACUCGCAGAUGGCAAGGACAACCAGGACGAUGACGAUGCCGGGCCACCCAUACCUACUCCGCCGCCGCUCCCGGUCCGGGCCGAGGUGGCGAGUCCGCCUCUUCCGGCAAGAAGCGUGCCCUCCGAGCCGAGCAGCCCCGUCGCACCGAACCCCGCUGCUGCUCUCGCCGGGUUGAUGGCCGCUCGCUCGGCAUCGUCCUCGUCCCACCCCCCAGCGCCCAUCAGCCUUCCGCCGCGGCAGCAGUACGUUUCUGACGAGUCCGAGGGAGAUCCUAAAUCUCCACCGCUCCCGCAGCGCCCCCGUGGCGGCUCCCAGGCUUCUGUUGAGCAGACAUACAGGGCUGUUCCGGCACCAGCCCGGCAAAGCCGGGAGACCCACAGUCCUCAAGCCCCACAGGCGGCGGCAUCUCCUCCCCUCACGACGCCUCUCACCCCCGGGGACUUUCACAUGUACAACAUCAACGAGAUGGUGUCGGUCAUGGGAAAGAAGAAGAAGAUGCCGACUACGCUUGGUGUCAACCUAAGGACUGGCAUGAUACUUAUCGCCCCAGAACACGCCCAAGACGGCCCGUCACAGGAGUGGUCAGCCGACCGCAUGACACACUACUCCCAGGAGGGCAAGCACAUCUUUAUGGAGCUCGUACGGCCAAGCAAGAGCGUCGACUUCCACGCAGGUGCCAAGGACACCGCGGGAGAGAUCGUCGCCAUGCUUGGCGAGUUGGCGGGAGCUGCGCGAGCCGAGGGCCUGCGAGAGGUCAUCAUGGCCGGGACGGGGCACACGCAGAAGAAGGGUGUGGUGCUCUACGACUUUAUGGCACAGGGCGAAGACGAGGUCACGGUCGGCGUUGGUGACGAGGUCAUCAUUUUGGAUGAUGGAAAGAGCGACGAGUGGUGGCAGGUGCGCCGAGUCAAGAAUGGCAAGGAGGGUGUUGUGCCAAGCAGCUACAUCGAAGUCACCGGCGCUGCCGACGUCCCGGCUCCGCCCUCAACUGCAGGCAUCAACGCAGGCAAAUCCACAGUUGAGCAGAACCGACUGGAAGAGCAACGACUGACCAAGGAGGCGGUCAAGACGGCCCAGCGAGAGGAGCAGAGGGAGAGGUCAAAGCGAGGUUCAGAGGUAGGCCCAGGCAUGCGUUUGCCAGAUCGGCGUAGUAGUCUAUCGGCCAGAGAAAGUAACAGCGCGGGACAGCAGCGAAGCAGCAAGCGCGAAAAUGGCCGCGCGGAAGCCUCGGCGCCGUCCAAGUCGAGCAAAUCGAAACCCGACGCCUCCAAGGUGCGAACGUGGACGGAUCGCUCCAAGUCCUUCAGUGUCGACGCGCAGUUCCUCGGCUUGAAGGAUGGUAAGCUAAACCUCCACAAAAUGAACGGUGUCAAGAUUGCCGUGCCUGUCUCCAAGAUGUCUCUCGAGGAUCUCGAGUAUGUUGAGCGGAUGACCGGCCUGUCCCUUGACGAGGAUAAGCCACUAUCUGAUCUCAAGAGGAGGGCUACUGCAGCCGCCGCUGCCGGGGAAUCUUCGAGGUCUUCGGGUACAACUGCCGUCCGGGCUGGUGCCACCAUCGAGCAGCUGAAAAAGCCAGAGUACGACUGGUUCCAGUUCUUCCUCACUUGUGACGUCCAGGUUGGGCUCUGCGAACGCUAUGCGCAGGCAUUCUCGAGGGAGUCAAUGGAUGAGAGCGUCCUCCCCGACGUGGAUGCCAGCGUGCUGCGGAACCUGGGAUUGCGCGAAGGCGACAUUAUCAAGGUGACGCGAUUUUUGGAUAGCAAAUACGGUCGGACCAAGAAGGGCGGCGCCGGAGAGGAUGGCGAGUCGGCGGGUGGGCUGUUCUCUGGACCAGGAGGGACGCUCCGGAAUAACACUAGGAAAGGACGUCCAGCGCCCCCAGUCGAAACAAACAACGUCGUCGAUCCAAAGGCAUUUUCCUCGCAGAAGGAUUCCGGGGCAAAUCCCGAUGGGUCGGCAUCUCCUGCCAAUGCAGCGCCUGCUCCUGCUGCUGCUGCACCCCCACCAGCAACUAAACCUUCUAGCGGGUUUGAUGAUGAUGCUUGGGACGUCAAGCCGGUUAAGGCUCAGGCUCCAGAGCCGGCCCCACAGCCUGCUCCUCGUGCUCCCGAGUCAGCUCCGGUAGUCGCACCCACCCCAACCCCGGCUCCUGCUCCUGCUCCGGCCCCCGUUGCGGCUCCUGUUGCGGCCACUGCCCCCGCGCCGCUGACUGGAUCGAUGCAAGAGCUGUCACUACUCACGCAGCCCCUCCAGCCCGAGAAGGUUCAGCCUCCGGCUCCCGCGCCGCCGGCUUUGAAUCUCGCUCCUGCGUCGCAGCCAACCCCGAGCCAGGCCCCUGUGUCGGCGCCCGCACAGUUUUCGCAACCCACCGGCGCAACCCCAGGCUUCUUCACUGGGAUGCAGCCCCCAACUGUCAACGGGCAGCAGUUUUCUCAGAUGCCACAGGCAAUGGCAAGGCAACGGCCAAUGGCACCUCAAUACACCCAAGGUCAAGGCGGCUUAAUGCCGCCGCCCCCUGCCCGGCCGCUCUCGGCACCCCAAUCCGCGCAGCCCAGCUCAUUUACGCCUCCACCUAUACAGCCCCAGAUGACAGGCUACCAGCCUCAGAUCGCGCCUCCGGGGCAGAGCCUGAACGACAUAACCCAAGCGCGUCUACAACAGCAGUAUGCCGAGCAGCUUCAGCGACAGAUGCAGCCCAUACAGCCUAUGCAACAGAUGAUGCCCAUGAUGACGGGUAUGCCGCAGCAGCAGGGAUUUGUGCCGAACCAGUUCAUGCCCCAGCCGACCGGGAUGAUGAACGGGCCCCAGCAGAUGCAGAGCCCGUUUGCAGACCCCCGUUCCCAGCAAUUUGCGCCUAUUCAGAUGCAGCCAACUGGCUUCGGCGGGUUCAACCAGCAGCCACAGCAGCCUCAACUACCGCAGUACAUGACAGGCAACCCCAAUAACUUCUUGCCACAGCCGCUCGAACCCCAGCGUACCGCUAUGCCGAUGCAGCAACCGCAGCCUACAGGCAUGGGUAUGGGCCCUGGCGGAUUCGCCCAAGGAUUUGGGAACGCGGGGAUGCAACCUCCGCUGGUGCCGCCUCCGAUGCAGCCUCUUGUCCCGCAGAGAACGGGGCCGGCGCCGCCCGUCCGCUUCGGCGUGACCGAGCCCAAGAAACUCGCCCCACAACCGACGGGGAGGAGGGCGAAUCUGUCUGCUGCGACUCCUCAAAACCCAUUUGGGUUUUAA